GAAGUCCAGUGCCACCUCAACGCACAGGGUGCCGCCGCCAGAGCAGUGCCGCCGCCAAGUGGGUUCUGUAUUUUCCAGGCGCUGGCCCGUUUUCUGUUUCGGGGGCCAUUGUCUCCUCCUCUCACUUCAAUCACCACCUACCACCUACACCUCCUCCCCCCUCUCUGCACAUCUGCGAGCCAGAUCGCAAACCCACGAAGCCGUCGUCGCCGUCGCUCGCUCGACUUCUUUUUUUUUCCCUUUCGCAUCCGCAGUUUCUAUCAAAAGAAGCCGCUCAUCGACAAGCCGCGGGCGAAUAAACGCAUCGCUCGCUCUAAACAGGCGCUCCCGCCAAAGAAACCAACACACCACCGCCACCAUGCCUGAGGACGCUCCUUACGACCCCUACAUCCCCAACGGCCAGCAGGGCGGCGCCCGCGGCGGCGCCGGUGCCGGUGCCGGAGCUGGAGCUGGUGCUGGAGGCAAUGCUAGGACGCAGGCGCUCCAAAGCCAAAUCGAUGACACCGUCGGCGUGAUGAGAGACAAUAUCAACUCGGUCGCCCAGCGUGGCGAGCGCCUCGACGUCCUGCAAGACAAGACGGACAAUCUCGCCCAGUCCGCCCAGGGCUUCCGCCGUGGCGCCAACAGGGUCCGCAAGCAGAUGUGGUGGAAGGACAUGAAGAUGCGCGUCUGCAUCAUCGUCGGCAUCAUCAUUCUGCUUCUGAUCAUCAUCCUCCCCAUUGCGCUGCACUUCAAGAGCGGCUAAAGCCCCCGGUCCCACCCAGUAUGCAAACGAGCCACAGAUGAGAAGACAAGAUUUUGACGCAUUUGUAUGUACGAACGGACACUGGAAUGGCGCGGCGUUUUUUCUUCUUUCCCUUUCCCUCCCAACGACUUUCUUGUCUUACGUCGGCUUUUUUUGCUUCUUUUUUUUUUGCGGGCUUGUUUUCCAGCGCCCCGAAUAUCCUGCCUCCCACGUCGGGUAAUGAAUGGGUUUUUACGACGCAGCAACGAGAGCGGACGAUGAUGGGUUCCGUGUGGGCGUGUUUGUUUUCCCGUGCAACACCAUCCUCCGCACUCCCUCGGCAGGGACGCCCUCGCGGGCUUUCGAGGGGGCAAUACCCAAGCUCUUGGACGAGAACAUUUGGAAAGAAUUGAUAGCAUCAUUUUUUUUUAUUUUUUUUGGAUUCUGGGUUCUCGGCCGACGGGUCCCGGCCCGGCUCGUGUCCCCCAUCGGCUAUCCUGGGAGGGAACACAAAGCUGAUUGAACGCGACUUGAACUGCCAAUUACAGCCCCUUCAUAUCUCCAUUGUAUACCUGUGACAUUUGAUGAAGGGACCGGCCGAGCAUCCACGUCGCCAACCAAGAUUAUUUCGUAGUACGGAAUGCCGCAGUCGGUACGGCGCACGUCGUCGCAUGGACAAGGAAACCGGCGGAUGCAGGAAACAAAGAGAGACACAUGGAAGUGUGAUGGCAUACACCGAGCAUGACGAGGCCGAGAUGAAUGUAAUGCUAGAUAGCUAAGCUCACGACGAGGAAGACAGCUGAGCCAGCAUCUUCUAUGCUCAAAGAACCCAGCCCCUAACUUCGGAACCCCCGGGCACAUUGGAAAUGUGGAAUCCCAAAAGCCGGACGAGUGCAAGGAACACGAUCCGUGGCUCCCGAGAAAG